UGUCUUCGUCAUAGCGGUUUUCCUUUUUCCUGGAGGCAUUAUUAGCUGCUUUUAGUUAUGCCUGACCCAGCAAAGUCCGCACCAGCUCCGAAGAAGGGCUCCAAAAAGGCUGUGACCAAGGCGCAGAAGAAAGACGGCAAGAAGCGCAAGCGCAGUCGCAAGGAGAGUUACUCCAUCUACGUGUACAAGGUGCUGAAGCAAGUCCACCCGGACACCGGCAUUUCCUCCAAGGCUAUGGGCAUCAUGAAUUCGUUCGUUAAUGACAUUUUCGAACGCAUCGCUGGCGAGGCGUCCCGCUUGGCGCAUUACAACAAGCGCUCGACCAUCACGUCCCGGGAGAUCCAGACUGCCGUGCGCCUGCUGCUGCCCGGGGAGCUGGCCAAGCACGCCGUGUCCGAGGGCACCAAGGCUGUCACCAAAUACACCAGUGCCAAGUAAACAGCCAGAAGAGAGACAUUGGCUACUUGGACAACCUGGACUCCAGGAAUGUCACCAACAGCAUGACCUUGGUGACCAAAUCCAGCAACCAGAACGUCAUCAUUUUCCUCAGUGAAGUUCAAACAACCAUCAUUGGGUACAAAGGCUGUAAUUUUUUUUGCCAUUCUUGAUUAGCUGAACCCUGAUGACAGAAUUUGGCUGUUUAGUUUCAACCCCUACUUUUUCAAGCACAAUUCCCUUGGCAUGAGAAGCACCUCCAAAAGGACUGGCCUUCAGGGCUGUGCCCAAAUGAACUUUCUUAUACUGUUUAUUGUGCCACUUAUGGUCCUGUCAGUGGCUAUGAAGCUUCCUGGCAGUAUGAAGACCGUGACACUUGCCCAUCCUGCCAGCGCCACGGGCCUGAGCAAAAGUGAUACUUUUGCUUACUAUCUUCACCAUACUGCCCUCUUCAACAAAAUGUAAGUCUUUCGAGAGAUGUAUUUUUCUGUUUUGGUCGAUUUUAAUCACUAUUGCUACUGGAUACCCAACUUCUAGAACAGGGCCUGGUGUCUCUGAAAAAAUGGAUGAAAUAAUAUUCCUUGGCUCCAUUUGUUAAAUGGGAGACCCUCAAAGAAUUUGCUUUACUUCCUUGGGUGGAUGAUUCAGCAGAUCAAAGACAAAGUCUCACCACUUCCUGAUAUUAUCUGAGAGCUCUUUCUGGUUGCACUUCCAGUUUUCUCUCCCAUGCAAAAACCUUUGGUUUUGCUAAAACUCAGCUUGCUUCUUCUUCCUGAACCUUUUCAUUGAUGAUUAUUGGCACAUACAUUAUUUUAUUUUAUUUUUAUAUGCCAAACGAGGUAAAUGAUGCUUUAUGUAUGUCCCUUCAAGAUAUCCUGCUCUCUCUGAAUCUCGAACUUAGGGCCAUUCCGUUAGGAAAGACAUGGCAGCCUAAUUGGCUUCAGGGGUUGAGGCUAACAGGAAAUGACAAAUCCCCCUUCCCUCAGAGUAAUAUUUUCUGGAUUAACAUUACUCCCAGAAGAUAAACACUGGUGUCUAAGGACGUCACAGGAGCCCACAAGGCUUCCACUUCACCCCUGCAGUUACAGGGACCUAACACUAGGGGCGGUGCUGCUCAUACCAGUCUCAGCUCAUUCUGCCUUCGCCACCUUGGGGACUUCUGAUUCGAAACAACUGUGUUCACUUUGGGCUAGUCUUUUUUUUCCUUCUGCUCCGAUUUUCUUGAACUCCCUGCCUUCCAAAAUUUUAAUCACUCUUUCACUGCCCAUAGUUUCCCCUCUAGCCAUAGUAGAUGGAGCAUCUCCUCUAGUCCAACCAAUGAAGGGUUGAAUUACUGCCAAACUUGUCUCCAGCCUAAACUCCUCAUUUAAAUCUGCUCUUGCGACCCUGUGGCCUGAGAUACCUCUCAUGAUAGUUCUAUUCUGAAACAAGCUCGUUAUCUAAAUUCUUUAGGCAGCUCACUCAGGGGAAAGGCAACAAGAAAAACUUCCUGAGUGGUUUUUUUUUUUCCUUUUUUCUCAGUCUUUUUUUUAGGGCCAUUCCUGGGGCAUAUGUAAGUUCCCAGGCUAGGUGUCGAAUCUGAGCUGCAGCUGUCAGCCACAGCAACCGAAACACUGGAUCCGACCUGCCUCUGCAACCUACGCCACAGGUCUCGGCAAGAACGUGGGCUCCUUAACCGCCUGAGCAAAGUCAAGUGUCAAACCUAUGUCCUCGUGGAUACUAGUCAGGUUCAUUACCGCUAAGCCACUGAGGGGAACUUCACUGAAUGUUGUUUCUUAAAAAUAAUCAGUCCAAAUUAAUCCUUGCCGCAAAGACCAUUAUUGGCUGGCAGAUUUUGCUCCCCUGCAAUAACAUGCACACUUUGUAUAUACAUGGGAGAUAGAAAAACCGAGUAAAAAAAUCCCUGAAAUGGCCUAAGCUGCUACAUUAAAUACUAUUUUCAGCUAAAGACAAAAAUACGUUGGAGGUUGGGGAGGCCAGUUACAGGAGGUUAUCCGGAAAAACAUAGUGAGCAAGGGUAAGGUUCAUAUGCAGAUUUAAGGUGGGUAUCUUCUCCCUUAAUAAGUGUUUCUCUUCCUGGUACACAGAGGGAGACACUCUUACAAAUGGAGGCCUCCCUUAUAAAUGAAAAGUUCUCAUCAAAGAGUAAAUUCUACUGUUUUUAAAGUA